CUUCGUUCUCGAUCUCGAUCUUCAUCAUCGGAAACCCUAGAAACAAAAUCUCAACACAAUGUGGCGCGUUGCAGGCCCGUCAGAGUACCUCGCCAUAACGGGAGGAUCCAUCAAGGACGUCAAGCUCGCGAAGAAGGCAUGGAUAUGGCCGACUCAGAAGUGCGUCGAGUUCUGUAUUUCUCCAGUCAACUACGCCUUCGAGAUGCAGGCCAUGAGCGCAGACAAGGUUCCCUUCUUCAUCCAUGCCGUCUUCACCAUCGGCCCCCGCAUCACCGACCACGAGAGCCUCCUCCUCUAUGCCAAGCUCUUUGCCUCUCACGUUAAGCCCUCAUGCCACGUCAAGGACCUUGUCCAGCGUCUCAUCAAGGGCCAGACCUGCGUGAUUGCUCCCUCCAUGACCACGGAGUACAUCUCCAACGAGGUCUUGAAGAAGCUCCAGUUGGAGCUCAACCAGUUUGGGCUUGUGAUCUACAACGUCAAUCUGGUAGAUGCCAAGGCCAAAAUGAAAAAGGUGGAGACAAAGGUCACGGGGACAGAGAAAAUUAUUAAGAACCAAAAGCAAACCGAAUUGGCCAAAGCAAACGCACACGUUGCGCGUACGUACGUGAUGAUCAACUGGAGGAUCUUCCAAGAGUGGCCAAUCAACGCAAAAGCAGUGAAGGGCUUGUGUCCAAAGAUCGGCAUCCUGUUGAACUGGAAAGCGACUGAGGGAGGGGGUGCAGUAUGAUGGUGGGAUGUGUUG